UGGAGCACAAGGUCGUGUUCAGACAGACACGUGCGCUUGUAGUUGGCACCACGGAGCCGAGGCCGGACCUCAACCUGGUGAACGGAUGUAAAAAAAGAAGUCAGUUUCCAUAACAACGAGCCAUCCGUUAGCGGAAGAAAAUUUCCGACGCUAGACUCCAGGUUGACAGAGACGGAGUGCGGCGGUGAAUCCAGCACAAGUUAGCCUUGGCCAUUCUGUCUCACAUUGGGACACGUUUAUCUGUUUUUACCGAAAUGGCGGACUACCUGAUCUGCGGACAGACCGGUUACGUGCCUGAGGAUGGUCUGACCGGACAGCAGCUGUUCGGCUGCGGUGACGGCCUCACGUACAAUGACUUCCUAAUUCUUCCAGGCUAUAUUGACUUCACAUCUGACCAAGUUGACUUGACAUCAGCUCUGACCAAACAGAUCACCCUGAAGACGCCGCUGGUAUCCUCUCCCAUGGACACUGUCUCUGAGUCCGGGAUGGCCAUCGCUAUGGCUCUCACCGGUGGGAUCGGCUUCAUCCACCACAACUGCACGCCAGAAUUCCAGGCCAACGAAGUGAGAAAGGUUAAGUGUGUUCCCGCUUUUCCUACAUCCUGCACACUUUUCCCCGUUCCACGUUCUUCCCUUCCGCCCCGUCGCGUCUCUCAGAGAUACGAGCAGGGUUUUAUUACAGAUCCCGUGGUGAUGAGCCCAAACGAGCAUGUGAGCGACGUCUUUCAGGCAAAAGCGCGCCAUGGCUUCUGCGGCAUCCCCAUUACGGAUAACGGACAGAUGGGCGGCCGCCUCGUAGGCAUCAUCUCCUCUCGAGACAUCGACUUCCUGAAAGAGGAGGAGCAUGACCUUCCACUCAGUCAGGUGAUGACGAAGUUGGAGGAUCUUGUAGUGGCUCCUGCUGGCGUGACGCUAAAGGAAGCUAACGAGAUCCUUCAGAGGAGUAAAAAAGGUAAACUGCCCAUCGUCAACGAGGAGGGCUGUUUGCUGGCCAUCAUCGCUCGCACAGACCUGAAGAAGAACCGAGAUUUUCCUCUGGCCUCCAAAGACUCGCGUAAGCAGCUGCUGUGUGGUGCUGCCAUAGGAACACACAACGACGACAAAUAUCGACUCGAUCUGCUUGUCCAAGCUGGCGUGGACGCAGUCAUACUGGACUCUUCCCAAGGAAAUUCCAUUUUCCAGAUCAACAUGAUCAAGUACAUCAAAGAGAAAUACCCAAGCCUGCAGGUUAUAGGAGGCAACGUGGUAACAGCAGCUCAGGCGAAGAAUCUGAUCGAUGCUGGCGUGGAUGCUCUGAGAGUAGGCAUGGGCAGUGGGUCCAUCUGCAUCACACAAGAAGCUCCUCUUACUAUUCCUCCUGAUAUAAAGCUCCACAGCCCCAAAGCCCCAGCUACUGUAACGGGAUACUGCAUGCUGGCGUGUGGCAGGCCACAGGCGACCGCCGUGUAUAAGGUGUCGGAGUAUGCGCGGCGCUUCGGCGUGCCAGUCAUCGCAGACGGGGGCAUACAGAACGUCGGGCACAUCGCCAAGGCCCUGGCACUAGGGGCGUCCACAGUGAUGAUGGGCUCGUUGCUGGCGGCAACCAGCGAAGCUCCAGGAGAGUAUUUCUUCUCAGAUGGCAUCAGGCUGAAGAAGUACAGAGGAAUGGGUUCACUCGAUGCCAUGGACAAGAACCUGGGCUCCCAGACCCGAUACUUCAGCGAGUGUGAUAAGAUCAAAGUAGCUCAGGGCGUGUCGGGCGCCGUACAGGACAAAGGCUCCGUCCAUAAGUUUGUCCCCUACCUCCAUGCUGGGAUCCAACACUCCUGCCAGGACAUAGGAGCGAAGAGCCUCACGCAACUUAGGGCGAUGAUGUAUUCUGGAGAUCUAAAAUUUGAGAAAAGAACCGUGUCUGCUCAGAUGGAGGGAGGAGUGCAUAGUCUGCACAGCUACGAGAAGCGGCUGUUCUAAUGAAGACAACUAACGCCAAGAACACACACACAGUACAUUAACACACAUGCAAUCAUACACCGCUAUUGGAUUGUUUGAAGACACUACUAAAUCAGAUGAGCACACAAAUGACCACCUUGCAUUCGCGCAUGUGCACAGAGCAGCGAUGCAUCCAUGCCCAUUUCAAAACCCACACUUCCCUUUUCUUUGUCUUCCAGACUUUUGUUAAGCAAACCCAGUGUGCAUGUGUGUGUGUUUUAAUUUUAAGGACAUAGUUUUCAGUUACUGGAACAGUAUUGUAAUGUACUAAUGUUCAGAGGCAUUCAUUAAUUUCAAAUACAUUUUUUACAGAAAAA